AUGCCCAAUACAAGACGUAGGAGGUUCUCAGUACAAAAUGAUAUCGCUAGCAGACCAUCUUCAAAAAGUGAAAAUGAUCAAUCCAGCCAUACUGAAAUUGAAAACGAAUUAAAGAUAUCUCUUACAAAACAUUCUAAACAUAAAAACAAAGUUCUCGCAAACACUUCAAAAAAUACCCCAAGUUUAGAAAUUGUCACUGAAUGCGAUAGUGGUGCAUCGAUUGUGCCAACUGAAAUGAAAGAUGCUCCAACAAGAGCAGAUAAGGAUAUAACGGCAAGUUCUAGUAACAUAGAUUUGGAAAGUGUAAUAGACAGCGAAUUCAUUUCUUCAUCAGAUAAAUUAAGUAAUACAGAGAUUCCACCAUUAGAACCUCAGAAAAGAAGAGACCCACGGCAAAUGACUAGAGAUAGAAUACCUCUCAGACGAGACAAACAUCCUCGCCAGCAUAGAAUCAAAGUCAGAAGUCCAAAACGUAGAAUGAUAGUCCUAGAACAAGCCAAACCCACAGGCGAUUUUAAUAAUUUAAGUAACAAUCAAAAUACUGGGACAACUGCAAUCAAUUGGGAUGAAGAGCUUGAAUUGUUUAGUUCGGAAAAUGUGACAAGUGUUGUCGAAACUGCAGAGGUAGAAAAGAGGCCGAGUACACACUCUUUAGAUGACAUGUGUCGAAUAUGCCACGGUGGGGAUGGUUUAAUUAAUGAACUUGGUAGCUUAAUUUCUGCAUGUUCCUGUAGGGGUACAGUUGGCAGGGUCCACAUUAAAUGUUUGGAAAGAUGGCUAACUGAAUCAGGCAAGUCAAGAUGCGAAUUAUGUGGAACCAGAUAUGCCACAAGGCGGGUUCACCGAUAUGGAGUGCCAAGAGCGCUUGUCAUGUGGAUUUUGAGUCAAAAUGCUAAACAGCUAAUGGUAGACAGUCUAGGCAUAAUGCUGAUGUCUCCCCUCGCCGUCCUCGCCGCGUGGCUAUCAGGUCGAACUUUAGCUGGUCUAAUGACCCAGGAGAGCCACGUAACUCCUUGGCCGCUAGCAUCAACCUUCGUUUUGGCUUGCAUGACACUUGUUUGUUACUACUGUUGGAUAGUAUCGGCUGCUACUCGCCACGCACUCGGUUGGUGGAUCUGGUAUCGAUCUCAGUACGAAGUCAGACUACAACUACAAGAAAACGAAGAGUAA